CACAAAUUAUAUCCACCAUUAAUUUUCCUGUGUUGCCCAUCAUCUGCCAUUGAAUUGUGUUUCUUUAUCCACACCCAUGGCUACAGCAUCUGCAGUGCUAAUAGUUAGAGUUGUUCCACCUUAUCUUUCUUCUUCUUCUUCUAUCCAACCAUAUCUAAAACUAAAAGCUUCCAUGCAAAACAUUCCACCAAUUAACAAUAAUGUGCCUAUCAAUAUCCCUCACCCUCAAAAAUGGACCAUUCCUCUAAAUUACUCCUUCCUUCCUACUUCUCUUCCUGCAGAUUCACAAUUUUCCCCUUUAAAUGAGGAAAUGGACAUUAAAUAUGAAAAUGAAAUGAAGAGUGUGAAGCAUCUGUUGAGAGAAAGAGCCAAAAAUAAUAGUGAUCCUUUGGAGAGCUUGAAUAUGAUUGAUGCAAUUCAACGUUUAGGGAUUGACCACUGCUUUAAAGAGGAGAUUGAAGCAAUUCUACAAUACCAAUACACAAUAAUGCCAACUCAAUGUUUUGAUACUAAGUGUUCCCUUCAUGAGGUUGCUCUUCGAUUUCGACUCUUAAGACAACGUGGUUAUUUUGUACUUUCAGAUGUGUUUGGAAGUUUCAUGAAUAAAGAGGGUGAAUUGAACAAAAAAGUUAGUGAAGAUAUGGAAGGCCUAACGAGUCUAUAUGAAGCUUCGCAAUUAUGCUUUCCUGGAGAAGAAACAUUAGAGAAAAUUGGGAAAUUUAGUGGCCAAAUCUUGAAGACACAAAUGGAGAAUCCCGACAAUGGUACGGCAAAACAUGUGGGUGAUGCUUUGGCUAAUCCCUUUCAUAAAAGUUUGGGGAGAUUGAUGGUCAAGAACUACUUUGGAUUCCCAGCCACCCAUAAUAAAUGGAUUUCUGUCUUCCAACAAUUGGCAAAGUUGGAUUUCAAUAGGGUCCAGAAGUUAUACCAACGUGAAAUUUCUCAACUUUUUUUGUGGUGGAAGAUGACAGGAUUAUCUGAAGAAAUAAAGUUCGGUAGAGAUCAACCACUUAAAUGGUAUGUUUGUUCAUUAGCCUUCUUAGCAGAUCCAAAAUUCUCAGAAGAAAGAGUUGAGCUUUCAAAAUCUCUCUCUUUUAUCUAUCUUAUUGAUGAUAUCUACGAUUUAUAUGGUUCCAUUGAAGAACUUAGACUUUUCACAAAAGCAAUUCAAAGAUGGUACUUGGCAGCUAUCCACGGUUUACCCCACCCAAUGAAAAUUUGCUUUAUCAAACUUUAUGAAACCACAAAUGAACUAAGCCACAUGUUUUCUCUCAAGCAUGGUUGGAACCCCAUUCAUUCAUUACAGAAAUCGUGGGCUAGCCUUUGUGAGGCAUUUCUAGUGGAAGCAGAAUGGUUUGCUUCUAACCAUUUCCCAAGUGCCAAAGAAUAUUUAGAGAAUGGAAUGGUUAGUUCUGGAGUUCAUGUUGUUUUAGCACAUAUCUUCUUUCUAUUAGGCCAAGGAAUAAACAACAAAACUGUCCAACUUUUGGAUACCAACCCAGGCAUUGUAUCUUCCACUGCUUCAAUUCUACGGCUUAGCGACGAUUUGGGAAGUGCAAAGGACGAGAAUCAAGAAGGAUAUGAUGGGUCGUAUAUAAAAUACUACAUGAAUGAAAAUCCGGAGAUUUCGGUUGAUAGCGCACGACAGCGCAUUAUCCAUAUGAUCUCAGAUGCAUGGACGAGAUUGAACCAAGAAAGCCUUUCUCCAAAUCCAUUUCCAGAAACAUUUAUUCAAGCUUCUCAAAAUAUUGCAAGAUUUGUUCCUCUUUUAUAUGGUUACGAUGAAAAUCAAAACCUUCCAAUUCUCGAGAAGCUGAUGAAAUCUGUGCUUUAUGAAAGUGUACAAAUAUAAGAGAUGUGAUCCUAUAGUGGCAUUAUUUAAAUUAGCUCUCUCUCAUUAGGUGGUAUCAAUGAUGUUUACCAAUUAAAUAAUAAUAAUAAAUCCUUAAUAUUUAAUGUGGCUGUGAGAGGCGUGCAUGCAUGUUUGAAUGUGAUUUUAAGAAUGAGUAGUUUUUGUAAAAGCCAUAAUAAGAAAUUUAUUUUUCACGACA